AUGGUGGAACUCGCCAAGCUACUCGUCCACCGCCACUCCACCCUCGUCAUCUCCCUUGUCAUCAUCACCUCCCCCUCCACCGCCACCGCCGCCGUCACCCGCUACGCCGACUCACUCGCCGCCGCAGCCACCCCGCGCGUCAACCUCCUCCGCCUCUCCGGCGAGGACGACCCUUCCCUUCCAGCCGCCAAUGCUCUCUCCGUCAUCGCAUCUCAAAAGACACGUGUCAGAGAUGCCCUGCUGGAGUUCACCCCGGCGGCUCGACUCUCUGGGUUCGUCCUGGACAUGUUCUGCACCUCGAUGCUGGACGUGGCGGAAGAGUUCGGCGUUCCCCCGUACCUUUUCUUCCCCUCCGGCGCCGCUUUUCUCGGCUUCAUGUUCCAUAUCCAGGAGUUGCACGACGAGGAAGGAUUCGUCGCCGCCGAGUCAACAGGAGUUGAGUUGGUUUUCCCGGGUUUGGCCAACCGGCUUCCGGGGAAGGUCUUGCCUUCAGGUUUUCUGUACGAGGAAUGGGCGGUGGCGUCGUACAGGAUUGCAAGGGAUUUCAGGAAAACGAAGGGUAUUUUGGUCAAUACGGCGAAGGAAUUGGAGUCAUAUGCGCUCGAGUCUCUCUCCAAGACGGAGAACCCGAAGGUGUAUCCGGUGGGACCCAUUUUGAACCUGAAGCCCGAAUCGUCAUCCGAGUCGAGCGGAUCAGAGGAGGAUGAGGUGAUGCGAUGGCUGGACCAGCAACCGGAGUCAUCGGUGGCGUUCCUCUGCUUCGGGAGCAUGGGAGGGUUCUGUGCGGAGCAGGUGAAAGAGAUUGCUUGCGCUCUGGAGGGCAGUGGCCAUAGGUUUCUGUGGUCCCUGCGUCGACUCGAAGGAGGACCGGCGCUUACCCCGACAACAACUGAUUACGGGGAUGUUAGGGAGGUUCUGCCAGAAGGGUUUGCUGAUCGAACGACGGAGGUCGGAAGGGUGAUAGGAUGGGCUCCACAGGCGGCCGUGCUGGCUCACAGGUCCGUCGGAGGGUUCGUGUCACACUGUGGGUGGAAUUCGACCCUGGAGAGCAUGUGGUUUGGGGUGCCAAUGGCCACAUGGCCAAUGUACGCGGAACAACAAUUCAACGCUUUCUUGCUGGUAAAGGAGCUGGAGAUCGCCGCAGAGAUCAAGAUGGAUUACCGAACUGAGAGUGGAGAGAUCGUAUCGGCCGAAGAAAUAGAGAGAGGAAUCAGGAGCUUGAUGGAGCAAAACAACCCGAUGAAGGAGAAGAUGAAAGAAUUUUGUGACAAGGUCAGGGGUGCGCUGAUGGAUGGUGGAUCUUCAUCGUCUUCAAUCGCUGAAUUUAUUGAAGAUAUCAAGAUCAAUUAUCGAAGCGAAAGCGGAAAGAUUGUAACGACUGAAGAAGUCAAGAGAGGAACCAAGAGCUUGAUGGAGCUAGCAAAACAACUCGAUGAAGGAGACGAUAUAUGA